CGUACACAAAAAUAGAUAUUUAAAACAAAUUGCAUAGACAUAUGUCGACAUGAAAAAUGAACGUGGCAAGGAGUUAAAUGAUCGAGUAGGCUUAGUUCUACUUCUCUAUUAGCAAAAAGUAAACAAGAAUUUACUAUAAAUACUAUAUACUAAUUUAGUUAUAUGUUGUAACAGAAGCAUUUUAUAAUAACAUAUUUUCUCUUUUGAAUUGUAAGAAGAACAACAUACAAUGGCAAAGAUUCAAAACUCUGUUUGCUUCACCGCCGUCUUGCUCAUCCUCAUAUUGGUUUCAACCGAGAUACCAAAGAUUGAAGGGAAAACAUGUAAGCUUUUUAGAGGAGAAUGUCCUGUGGAUCCGUGUGAACCUGCAAAAUGCGACGAAUGUUGCAAAGCAGCGUUUGGGAAACAAAUUUGUGGAAAAUGCGAACAAGAGAGCACCGAAUUACAUUGUCAUUGUCGCCGCUAAGCAUCUGUUCUUGAUCAGAACAUGACGUGACAAACAAGCCUCAUAUUCAUAUAUGUACUUAAUGGGAGAUGAUGCACUUUUAUUGAUCACUACAUGUGUGUGUGUUGUUUUUUUUUAUAUUUGGUGUGAUGCUUAUAAAUUGAUGUUGUACGCUCCACACUAAUUAUGUACCUUUGAUAUUAUUAAUAAAACUUUGUUUGAUGUGUUUUUAAAAUAAACUUAAAACAAAAUUAAUAAUAUGAUCGUAAAAGAUAAGUUGAUCAUCAUGUUUACUAGUUACGUAAGUGUUCUUGUUCUUGUACAUUGUUUCUAAUUCUAAACACGUUUAAAAAUAGAAUGUCAUACUUCGUAAAUUAGGUCUUUUCAUAUAUUCUUCUGAAGCAAGCAAGUAUACAUGUGGAAUCCGAAAUAACAAACAAGCACCAAAAUUAACUACACUGUCAUUUACUCAUUUAUGUCCGCUACUCAUUCGAUCUCGAUAUGAAAACAUGAACCAUCCAUGAUCCAUGAAAAACGAGCCAUUAGCUAAUUACUCGUGAAAGCCAAACCAGAGAACGAGCAAGAGAGUGUUGUGUAGCAAAAGGAAUUAAAC